GGCCGCGCCGCUGAGGUGAAGGCAGCGCCCGCCCGCCUCGGCCGGCAGCGGGCUGCGCCCCUGCCCUCCGCCCGCUCCUCGCCCGCGCUGUGCCCUCGCCUCGCCCGGCCAGAUGAUGAACUUUCUGCGGCGCAGGCUCUCGGACAGCAGCUUCAUCGCCAACCUGCCUAAUGGCUACAUGACCGACCUGCAGCGGCCGGAGCCGCAGCAGCCGCCGCCGCCGCCUCCCUCGGCCGCCUCCGGCCCUGCCGCCGCCGCCUCCCCGGCCGCCGAGCGCCGGCCGCAGCCGCAGCCGGCGCCGCCGCAUCCGCAGCCGGCGCCGCCGCAGUCCGCGGGCAGCAGCUUCUUCAGCUCCCUCUCCAACGCCGUGAAGCAGACGGCGGCCUCGGCCGGGCUGGUGGAUCCCUCCUCCGCCGGCUCCUCGGCUGCCGGCAGAAAGUUCAAGCUGCUCCUGGUCAUUGACGAGCCGCACACGGACUGGGCCAAGGCAUUUCGUGGAAAAAAGGUCCAUGGAGAAUAUGACAUAAAGGUUGAACAGGCAGAAUUUUCAGAAAUCAACUUGAUAGCCCAUGCUGAUGGCAAUUACGCAGUAGAUAUCCAAGUAUUUCGAAAUGGCACUAAAGUUGUCAGAUCAUUCAGGCCUGAUUUUGUCCUUAUUCGGCAACAUUCAUUCAGUAUGGCAGAAAAUGAAGAUUUCCGUAACUUGAUCAUUGGAAUGCAGUAUGCAGGCAUCCCUAGUGUCAACUCCCUGGAAUCAAUCUAUAACUUCUGUGACAAACCGUGGGUGUUUGCCCAGUUGGUGUCUGUCUGCAAAACUUUGGGUCCAGAGAGGUUCCCAUUAAUUGAGCAGACGUUCUACCCAAAUCACAGGGAAAUGCUAACAAUGCCAACAUUUCCUGUUGUUGUGAAGAUUGGACAUGCUCAUUCAGGCAUGGGAAAGAUCAAGGUAGACAACCACUACGAUUUUCAGGACAUAGCCAGCGUGGUAGCACUUACUCAGACCUACGCCACUACUGAACCCUUCAUAGACUCCAAAUACGACAUCAGGAUCCAAAAGAUAGGCAGUAACUACAAAGCGUACAUGCGGACUUCCAUAUCCGGCAACUGGAAGACAAACACGGGCUCUGCAAUGUUGGAACAAAUUGCUAUGUCAGAUAAGUACAAGCUUUGGGUCGACACCUGUUCUGAAAUAUUUGGUGGUUUGGACAUCUGUGCUGUUAAAGCUGUACAUGGAAAGGAUGGAAAAGAUUAUAUUUUUGAGGUCAUGGACUGUGCAAUGCCUCUGAUUGGUGAGCAUCAGACUGAAGACAGGCAACAUAUAACUGAACUAGUCGUAAGCAAAAUGAACCAAAUGUUGUCCAAAACUCCUAUACCAUCUCCUCAGAGACCCACCGCCACUCAGCAGCCUCAGAGUGGAUCACUAAAGGAGCCAGAGCCGAACAAAAUCCCACCUCAGCGACCACCACCUCAAGGGGGCCCAGUGCAACCCCAAGGAAUGCAAUCUCAAAGCCAGGAGCCAUUGCAGCCACAGCGCAUGUUCCCCCCCGGGCAGUCAGCAAAGCCCUCAACUUCCCAGCCACAGCGUCCACCUGGACCUACAACUCAGCAGCCACGUGCCCAGGCUCCAGGCCCUUCCAGCACCCGAUUAUCAGUGGAAGCUCAGCCGCAGCCGCAGCCGCAGCCACAGCCACAGCCACAGCCACAGCCACAGCCUGCUCCUCAACAGAAGCCUCAGUCUCAUCCACAACUUAACAAGUCACAGUCUUUGACAAAUGCCUUCAGUUUCACAGAAUCAUCCUUCUUCCGAUCAUCUGUGAAUGAAGAUGAAGCAAAAGCUGAAACUAUCCGAAACUUGAGGAAAUCCUUUGCUAGUCUUUUUUCUGAUUAGCCAGCUUCAUCUAACUGCACAUAGCAUAUAGUCUACUGUGUGAAUGUUAUAUAGGUUUUGUUUUCCCUGUGACAAUUCCCACCUCUACUGUGCUGUUGUAUUAAGCAAUAUGUUAAACUUACAAAAAAACAGAAAGACUUUGAUGAGAUACCAUUGAGGUACAUUAUAUAAAAAUCUACAAACAAGGAAAGGUUCUAUUAUUAAUACAGAAUGCUGAAUUCUAAGGUCCUUACCCAUUGUAAUAUUGUGGCCUUACUGUGACUGAACUAUAUCAUCCUAUUUGAGACUCCUUUGUAGAACUGUGUUAAUAAGGCAUUGAGCUAUGGGUUUCUCUGUGCUUUACCCAUUCCCAGUGCAUUGCAAUGCAUGUGUAUUUUGUGUGUAAAUGUUUUGUACUGCAAGAGUGUAGUCUUGACUUGUUCUUGCUUCCGAAAUUUAAGAGGCAACUCUCACUGAAAUUCUUGUCAAGCCACUUAAACAGUGUGAGAGAUUCAAGCAUUUUCUUCCCUCUUAUACAAUCUUUCUGUCAGCUGAUUGUAGACUUCUAAUGUAUUGCUGAGAGCUACCAGUACACUAAACUAAUGUCAUAAAUGGAGUGUGUAUGUACAACUGUAUCUGCCUGUGUCUACUUAAAUUUAUUUUCAAAUUGUAACCACAACUGAUUCUAGUUGUAAAGAAUCUGCAUGAUGUUGCCCUUAUUUUUGUGAAAGCCUUCUAAUAAAUGUAAAGUCCCAUGCUUGAUUAAAAAAA